AACUGCCGGAAAGUGGUAUUGAAUUUUUGGAGGCAAAUUAGGUCAGUCUAUUUGGAUAAACAUAAAUGGAAUAAAAAGCAAGGAAAGCUAUGGUAGCAGAGAUGAAUUAAGUUUAGAAUGGCGUCAUUACUGCCAAUCUCUCUUACACCAUCAGAAGAGAAGGCAUACUGCUUCCGGCUUUUAUCUCUGAUUGUAGACGGCGGGACAUUGGUCUUACGUCACAUAUUUGACCUAGCCAUUCCACCAAAUGACUUACAGAACACGCUGAAUGAUGUCAACACACGUAGUAAACUAAAUAACUUGUUAAAGAAAAAUGUCUUACCAAAAGGACAGUGGAAAGUUCUUUAUCCGGCAAUAGGUCAGCCUAACUCGGCAAAGUUUGAUGUUUCUCUGCUUGUGUGUUUGCUGAGAUAUAUCUGUGGUCUGAAUGAGGUCUCGAACAUAUGGAAUUCUGUCCCUCCUUCUUUUGACUUAUCAACAGAAGCGGACAUCACACGACUUAGACAGUACAGAAAUGAGAUAUCACAUUUGAAAUCAAUUUCAUUGAACAAGCAAGACUUUCAAAGGAAGUGGAACAAAAUAGAACAGGUGAUUACACGUCUGGGUACAGGAAUACCAAACUUAUAUCAAGACAUUCAGAGGUUGAGAGAUGACAGUAUAGAUCCAGAGAAAGAACAUGGUUAUCAAAAAAUGAUUAAAGAGUGGGAGGAAAUGGAUAACUCACUACAAGAAGAAAUUGCUCACAUCCAGGCUGACCUGCAAGAUUGCAUUGCAAAUGUAGAAGAUCUUGAAGAGAUGACUAAGAAAAAUACAGAAUGUUUUGAAGAACACCAAAGUAUUAUCUACCAACGUCUCCAGUCUUCUGAUUCUAAAGUAGAUAGUAUCGCCACUGAUGUAUGCUCGCUACAAUCAAAAGUACAAGAAUUAUCUGUGAGCGAAACCUCGGUGAUUUCUUCUGAAGUAACUAGAAUUGCAUCAGUCACAAACGUAUGGCUAAGAGACUCUGAACGUGGUGAAGUUUAUGUUACCACUCACGCACAUAAGACCGCGAAGGAAAAAUUAAACCACACUGGCUGCCUGAUAUUAAGCGGACUUCCCGGGGAAGGAAAAACCUAUAUAGCCACAAAACUACUGUCAGAAAUAACAGAUCAAGAACACUGUUUAAAACUAAGUGAGCCGUCGGAUUGGAAAAAGUUAACACUGAACAAGGAGAAGCCCCUGACAAUUUUCAUCGACGACAUAUUUGGUGCAGGAGCUUUAAAUGAAAAGUUGUUGGAAGAAUGGUCACGACACUUGCCAGAUAUUGAAAAGGCUAUUAAAGCUCAAACGGUGAAAGCAAUAAUUACAACACGUCAUUAUAUCUUAAAGGAAGCUAAAGAAAAACUAAGACGUUUGACCAUACUCAGAGACGACAAUGUUCAAAUACUAGCAUCUUAUGAUCUUUCGAAUGCUGAGAGAACUGAAAUUCUUGAGAAGCACUUAAAGUAUGCAAAGAAAGAGUUCGAUUCAAAUCUAAUAACAGAAUGUAACGAGGUCUACGACAGUGAAUCUGAAUUUUUCUCCAUGAUAUACGAUGUGCCAUCAGAUUUUGAUGAUUUCUUUCAAAGAAAGGACUCUAAACAUAAAUCAAUGAUAGGAUUUCCGGAAAUCGUCAGCCUUUUUGUUCGAAAUGAACACCUAUUCAACCAAGGUGCUUUUUUCUUCGGUGAACCAUUCCUGUUCUUCAGAAAGUGCGUAGAAGAAUUAUUUCUAGACGAAGAAAAGUUUCUUGCCUUAAUACUUGUUUGGACGAGUCCUGAGAAAGAGUUAAAGUUGAAAGACGUUGAACCACCAGAUAUACCAGAUGACAUAAAAAGGGCAGCAUCGAAAUUUGGCAUUAAUCUGAAACAAAAGACAACUAAAACUCUUCGUAAGUCGCUGAAAUACAACGAAGACGGAUUUUUGCAAUUUAAUCCCCACACGGGUACAUAUCGUUUCAGCCACAAUAGUGUAAAGGAUAUGGUUGGGCUUGUUGCGGGUCAGGAAUAUACGAGCGCAGUACUAGAAUUCGCGGAUAGCGAAUUCUUGAAACAGUUUGUAACGACAGAUGAGACUAAAGAUGACGGCCUUCAUAUUUACGUUGAACAGUUUAGGUACGAGGAACUGCACUCGGCAAUAUGCAGAGCAUUAGACCCGAAAGAAUUGCCUAAAGGUGGAUUCAGGGAAGGAGAUGGAAAAAUUAAAAUGAAAUUCGGCUUUGGGUUGUUUGUUAGUUCUGCAAAUGAGAUAUCAGUGAAUACGUCUCUUUUGGAACACGACUGUUUCAACAAUAAACAUUUUGUCAGUCAAUUUUGUGAAAGCGAAGAAGGAAUAUAUAUGUUCUCAAAACCAGUUGAUGCGUUGCCUCAAAAGUAUAGGCACUGUGAUAUUGAUUUAGGAGAAGAACUUGCAGUGUACUUGCCGUCACUUGGACUUUUAUACGACAGUUCCCUACUUCUUAAAGAAGUUUUCAAACAGAAUUUACAUCAAUGUAUAAACACAACAGAAUUCUUGCAAUCAACAUUACUGAUAGCAUCGCAUGAAGGAUUAAAAGAUGUCAUUGAAAUGUUGUUACAGCGCGGCGCUACCGUAAAUGAAGACGCGAUUUAUUUUGCAGCUGCAAAGGGGCACAGUGGAAGUCUUGAAUAUUUGCUUAAGAAUUAUACUGGAAAUUGUAUAGAUUAUCCUAACAGUAUAAACAAAAACAGUCCACUUAUUGCAGCAUCCAAAUGUGGCGCUGUUGAAUGUAUGCAGUGCUUACUUCGUCAUGGUGCCAGUAUCAACUACAGAAAUAAAAACGGUUGGUCAGCACUGGAUAAAGCCGUCCUUUAUCGACGGCCAGAUUCGUGUAAAAUACUUUUAGAAAAUAAAGCUCGUGUCAAUUGCAAGGCAGGGAAGUUUAAGCGAACUCCACUGCACAUGAAUGCUGAUGUCGGAGACGAAAAUAUAACAAAGCUAUUACUACAAUAUGGAGCAUCAAUAAAGGUGAAAGAUUACAGAGGCCAUUAUCCAAUACAUUGCGCAGCUUUCAGUGGAGAAAAUAAAAUUGUGGACAUUUUACUGAAAGCAGAUGAAACUAAAGUGACACUAAAGAAUUGCGUAUCCUAUGGUAAAGCUUCUGUCAUCAAGGGUGCCAGCCUGUAUCAUGUUGCCGUCUUAAAAAAGAAUGUUGAUUUAAUAGACAUAUUGAUACAAAAUAAACUGUGUCCAAACAUUCGUGAUGCCUAUGGAAGAACACCCAUUUAUCUAGCCGUAUACGGACGGGGAGAUAAGAAGAAUGAGAAUGCCGAAAGAUAUACGAAGCAGAGGCCAGAACUGGAAAGAGAGCUGCAAAUUAAAGUAAUAAAGAAGCUUUCUGGAUAUUAAGAUGUCCAAAUAUCCGAGAAAGAUGGAUACACCCCUUUACAUGCUGCGGUUCACAAGGGUCAGAUAGAAAUUGUCAAAUUGUUAGGCCCGCUUGCAGACGUAAAUGCGCAAGAUAAAUACGGAAAAACUCCGCUGCAUACAGCUUGUGACCAGAUGAACCUAGAUAUAUUCAAGAUCCUUGUAGAAGAUUUAAGAGCCGAUUACUACAUGCGUACAAAAUCCGGCCAAACAAUAUUUGAUAUCUUAGCAAUCAAGACCGAAUGGAGAUAUGUAAGAAGACGAUACCAGAAUGGAAAAUCUGUAACAAAAUUUAUGAUUGAAUAUCCGCGAUUCAAACCUUUCAGAGCUAUUAUUGCAGAUAAAGAUCCUGACUUUCUGAAACAAGUAUUAUCGAAUAUAGAUACAUCAGAUACAAUCAAACCGGACAAGAGGUGGAGUAUAGAUAUGUGUAUCUUGAUCAACGAGAUGCGGAGUAAGAAGAUGUGGAUCAAACCGACAGAGGUGCUGGGAAAUGAAGAUGCAGACGAAGGCGAACAAGCUGAGGAAAAGGAAAAUGUACAUAAAGGCAAACAAGCUGAGGGAAAUGGAAAUGUACAUCAAGGCGAACAAGCUGAGGAAGAUGAAAAUGUACAUCAAGGCGAACAAGCUGAGGAAAAUGAAAAUGUAGAUCAAGGCGAACAAGCUGGCGAACACGCUGGGGAAAAUGAAAAUGUAUAUCAAGGCGAACGAGCUGAGGAAAAUGAAAAUGUACAUCAAGGUGAACAAGCUGAGGAAAAUGAAAAUGUAUAUCAAGGCGAACAAGCUGAGGAAAAUGAAAAUGUAGAUCAAGGCGAACAAGCUGGCGAACACGCUGGGGUAAAUGAAAAUGUAUAUCAAGGCGAACGAGCUGAGGAAAAUGUAAAUGUAGAUCAAGGCGAACAAGCUGGCGAACACGCUGGGGAAAAUGUAAAUGUAUAUCAAGGCGAACGAGCUGAGGAAAAUGUAAAUGUAGAUCAAGGCGAACAAGCUGGCGAACACGCUGGGGAAAAUGAAAAUGUAUAUCAAGGCGAACAAGCUGGUGAACACGCUGAGGAAAAUGUAAAUGUAUAUCAAGGCGAACGAGCUGAGGAAAAUGUAAAUGUAGAUCAAGGCGAACAAGCUGGCGAACACGCUGGGGGAAAAUGA